AUGACUGCGAGCCAGUCAGCCACCACGCCUUCACAGGCCUCUACCCCAAAUCUCCUCGACCUCCCCGUCGAACUCAAGACCAACAUCCUCUCUCACCUCGACCCAUCCGACAUCCAUAAAUUUAGCCCAACAUGCAGGCAUGCUCGAGAUCUGGUUGAGGAAGCAAGCAACGCAACUAACCUCUACCGCUCCAGCCAAGCCCGCAAUCUCGAACGACUCUCUCAGUCCGUCUCCAGACUUUCCAACCUCCACGGCCUCACCCUCCUCGACGCCCUAUCCAUCUGGAUUGCACAGCGUGGCAUCAACCCAUCUGUGCGUUCACGCUUCUACUUCCUCCGCCCACUCAUCAAGCAAUGGUCAUCUCAAAGACCCAUCUCAGUAAGUCGGAAAAGAAUCGCGACGCAGACCCUCUGGGAGCUAGCCAACACCCUCCUCACAAUCCACGUGCAAACCCACCUCGACGCAAAAAAAUACGAGAUCACGCCACUGCCUGAGAAACAGUGGGAGGUGUAUAUCUCCGGACUUUUCCUGAAAACCGAAGGGUUCAACGUGGAGAAGAAUCUCAAACGUUACUACAUCGAUCGCCCGACGAUUCUGUCCUGGUUUCGAGAAAUCGCUUCCGACCCUUCACGGCUCGCGGGUCCGACGGACGCGUCUAGGCCGGACUAUCCUCUUACUCAGCACCAGCACUUUCCUUUUGACGGGAGGCCGAUGGAGCUGAAAUUCGCUUGGGGUUGGAUACUUGCUGAUUUGAUCCAUUUGCCGCAAAACGUGCCUGAUGACAGGACGCUUCGUCGGCUGGAACAUUUCGGGUACUGCGUUAGGACGUUUCAUGCUUGGCAUUUGUUCAAUCUUGCACUUAUCCAUCAGCGGAUUAGUGAGAAGGAUAAGGCUGUUAUCUUGGAGCAGACGUAUCUGUACUGA